CGCAAGCGGAAGUUUCGCACAUUUUGUGACUAUGCGCGGUUUCGAUUAAAACAAAGCUACAGGAACUGAAGUGAGCAACAAUAGCCAGCUUGGGUUUGCUAAAAUAUUCAAACGAAAGUAGUGUUGCAUAAAAUAUGACAAGCCGUUCUAAAAUGUCAGUGUUAACGGAACCAGAGUUUCCACCACAUCUUAUGUGCCUUAAAAACGUAGAAGCUCUACUACGAUGUCCCAUAUGCUUUGACUACCUCAACAUUUCUAUGAUGACUAAAUGCUCUCAUAACUUUUGUUCCUUAUGCAUAAGGAAGUUUCUCUCAUGUAAGCUGCAGUGUCCAGUGUGUAAUCUACCAAUGACAGAACUGGAUCUCAGAAACAAUAGGAUCCUGGAUGAUCUGGUCAUGAGCUUUCAGGAAGCAAGGCAGCAAUUGCUACAGACAAACUUGUACCCUCCCACUGUUUCCCCGAAAGCCCUUCGCCCAAAUGCCAAAAGGAAAGCAUCGAAUGCAAGUCGGCCAAUGGUAGAGAGUACCAUUAUGAAACAUUUUCUCCAAAAGGGGAAUUCCCCUUCCUCAUCCUUCUCCUCCUCUUCCUCAUCACCGUCCCUUGCAAAAAGGACCAGACGACAGCCUCCAUGUAACAAUAAGACCUUGAGACCGAACCCUUUGGAGAUGAUUCGCGCUGUGAAAGUGGAGCUGGUGCAGUUACCUCCACAAAUGGCAAGGACGCUGAAGGGAGAAAGGGUGAAGAGGACUGUGAAGCAGGAGAAAGUUGAGGUCCCUACUGAACACACCAUGUCUGUUAAGGAGGAGAUGGUUGAGGUCCCUGCACAACAGACUAGGACAGUGCCAGAGCCCGUGACUAGGACUGUAAAGGAGGAGAGAGUGGCGGUCCCUAAGCAGGUGACUAGGAUUGUGAAAAAGGAAAUGGUAGAGGAACCUGCAAUGGAGUCAUCACCCGGUGUGACCUGCAGUUCUGAGUCUCCUUCCACCUCCCAGAGUAUGAAAGCUGUUGUGAAAGUGGAGUGUCCGGUUUGCUUGGUAGGCAUCCCAGAGCACCAGAUAAACGGGCACCUGGACAACUGUCUGAUCAGAGAUGAGAAAAAGGAGAGCUUGCGGAGCUCGACUAAAAAGAGGAAGCCACUUGCCAAGCUGGUGUACAAUCUACUGACCAUUCAGGAUCUUAGGAAGAAACUGCGGGAUCUCAGCCUACCCACCCAGGGUUCCCGAGACCAGCUGGUCAGGAGGCACCAGGAAUAUGUGCUCAUGUACAAUGCUGAAUGCGACUCCUUCAGCCCCAAAUCAGCCCAAGAUAUAGCAAAAGAAGUGGAGGUAAAUGAAAAGAUGAGAGCCCAGCUGCAAAGUAAAUCUAAACGUGUGAUGGUGUUUUCAAAGAACCAAACGGAAGAAGAAAUUGACAAAUUGCAUUUAAAUUAUCGGAAGCAGCACAGUGUUGAGUUUUCUCGCCUCAUUGACCAAGUCAAAGGUCACUGGGAGGCAUCCAAGAAGGCUUGUGUCAAAGAGGAGGUGCCGGAAGGAGCAGGUGAAGAGUGUCCCGCAGAUGAGCUUGGUGACACAGCCCCGUGCGUGUUGAGGGUCGUCUCUGAAGAUCGAGCAGAGGACAGGGACCCCCCGCCACCCCUCAGCCCUACCUUCAGUGACGUCUCAGUCAGCAGCUCCAUUUCAGAUGUGUUCAGUGUUGAGGCUGACAGGAACACAAUCUGAAGUCCAUCCUGUUACCGUGGAGAUCAAGCAAAUUCAACAGCCCCGCACUGUGGAACUGACCAGAAUGGAUGGCAAAGGAAAGAUCCCCAGCUCCAAGGACCAAGUCUUCACUACAGUUUUUGUGGGAAAAUGCAAGUGCCUGCUAGCUUGAGAACUUUGUAAGAAAUCAUAUUUGGAACUGGAAAUGUGUCCAGUUUCCCCCCCUCUUUCUCAACCGGGUCAUUUGUAAUUUUGCUUUGUUCAUGUACUUGAUUAAUCCUAUUAAACGUUUAGGACAUUUU